CCUUCUUCCACCACCCUCAACAACACCCAUCUGCCCAUCUAUCGACGACCAUGCGACACAUCCGAGCCGCCGAGCACGCUUGGAAUGCGACCGCUGGAGCCUCGAAGCAACAAUAUGUCUGUCGGUCGUGUAUAGCACAAGCGGCCCGCCAGCUGCAUACCACAAGCCGACGGGACGCUCCAGACGACUUUUUCAAACGCAUCUCCAAAACCAUCUUCGGCGACAAGAAGGCCGAAGAGAAGCAGAAAAGGCUGAGAGAGGAGGCACAAGCACGGGGAGAUAGCCUUCAGAAAGGCAAUAGCACCGAGGGCCCAUCCAGGGUGAAGUUCAAUGGGGUGCCAUAUGAGCGCGCAGCACGCAUCGAUCCCGCCACCAACAAGGAAUAUGUCCCAUCGGCAACCUGGGGCGGUCUGGAACGCGUUGGUGGCGAACAAUGGGUUAGGAAGCGUCUAGACAUGGGCGAGCAGUAUGCUGGGUUUGUGCCUAGCAAGAAGACGGACCUCACGAACGUAGAAUGGCAGCGACUGCUACAUAGUGUCGUUGUGGAGAUCGCUGCUUUGCAACAGGCCGGCCGAAGCCCGAUGGAAGUCUGCAAUGCUCAUCCGCAAGGCAGCUUGAUUGAGCACACUACCAAGGCACAAUUGUCACAGUUGAAUGAUGGCGCCCUACAAGUCCGCUUUGCCAGCGCACAGGACCAAGAGGCUGUAUUGGCUGGAAUCGAGUCUGGCAAUCCACUGCGCAUUCCCGAAACGCCCAAGCAAAAGAUUGACCUUGAGCAAGCAAGGGCGAAGCCGGAAGACCUCGCCACAGAGCUAACACAAAUCAGAAGCUCGGAGUCGGAUGUGGACUGGGUGGACAUCAGCCUACAAGAUGUAGAGCUUAAGCUUGCAAUCUCCAAGCGUGUAAUGCAAUUGUCUGGCAAGCGCAUUCCCGAUAUACAAUUGAACAAUGCCAAAACCCUCGGUGAUAUCUAUAAUGCAUUCAAGACAAAAGAGAGGGCAAAGAAGCUGGCUCAUGCUCCAGAGCUCCAGGAGCUCGCCAAGACACUUCCCAAUGUCACGGUGUACAAGUCCCGUCGGACUCCGGUGCACAAGGAGAAACGGAUUGGACGAUGGAAGGUAAUCGAGGAAGAACUGGCGGUGCGCGAUCUGCCCAUAUUUGGAAGCAGAUGGCAAAAUGCCAAGGAAGGAUUGCGACUGCAGGAAAGGUAAGAGGUGUGCUGCUGCGCAAAAAUACACACCUUCUAUGCAUACACUACUGUACAAAAUUGUAUCACAAGCCAGGCAGCAUGACCAAUGGACUAGCUCUGUGCUUUCUACAGCCUCGUUCCAGCCCCCAAUCGUGAAUGGUUAUACACGUACCUGGUAUCAAUAAGGCAUGGUACAGGAAGAACUUUCGAGAUCAUGUUUUC